ACUGUCAUUUUAUUUAUUUUGUGAAUUGCUGUUUGGUGUUUAUUUGAGAAGUUUCAGCAAAAGGUCCUGUUGUGGGGAUUUUUUUGGGAUUUGGCUGAGAAAAGCGGGGCAGAUGAGAAAAAGAUGGUUAUGGAGCAUGGCGGUUCUGCGAGUCUAAUUCUUCUACAAACACAGCUCCUUUUAUUAGGUAGAUUAUUUUUUGAAGUAUGAGAAAACACAGAAUUCUUAGAGUUGAAUAGCAGGCUGGCUGAGGUUUUCUGCUAAGUGGCAGCCUUGUUGUAAUAAGAAACAAAGAAGGGGACCAAGGAAAUGGAGUGCAAUAAAGAUGAGGCCGCCAGGGCAAAGGAGAUUGCUGAGAAGAAGUUUAUGGCCAAAGACAUAAUAGGGGCAAAGAAAUUUGCUUUGAAGGCCCAAAAUUUGUUUCCCGGGCUCGAGGGUAUUCCCCACAUUUUAGCAACACUCAAUGUUUAUAUUUCAGUGGAAAACAAAAUAAAUGGAGAAGCAGAUUGGUAUGGGGUACUAGGUGUGGAUCCACUAGCCGAUGAUGAGACAGUAAAGAAACAAUAUAGGAAGCUGGCGCUGAUGCUUCACCCUGAUAAGAACAAAUCUGUAGGAGCUGAUGGGGCGUUUAAGCAUAUUUCUGAGGCGUGGAGCUUGUUGUCCGAUAAGGCUAAGAGACUAGAGUAUGACCGGAGGAGGAAUGCAAAGGGGGUCCAGAAAGUUUCAGCUCCUACUGGGGGUUCAUCAGCACCACCAGGAGGGAAUGGUUUUUACAAUUUUACCAAAAAUACAACUUCAAAUGCGAGGGCUCAAAAGAACACCACCCGGGCCGCUAACUCUUCAACUUCUGCUUCAUCUCAUAAGCCAAAACCCAAUACCUUUUGGACUGUGUGCCAUCGAUGCAAAAUGCAAUACGAGUAUUUGAGAGUCUACCUUAAUCAUAAUCUCCUAUGCCCUAAUUGCCAUGAGCCAUUUUUUGCAGUAGAAACAGCUCCGCCUCCUUCAAAUAGCUCUAAACCAUCCACCUCAUGGAAUUCUACUCAGAAGCGGCAAAACUCCAAUCAUCAAUCAACUGGUAAAAACACGAUUAAUUCAGGAAAAAAGAAUGACCCAUCACCAAAUGUUGGAGCAGGAGGGUAUAGUAAUCCUGAUUCAUAUAAGCAGACUGACUUUCAGUGGGCUCCAUUCUCAAGAACGGCAGGUGCUUCAACUGCUGCUCAAGCUGCAAGCAUGGUUCAGCAGGCAUACGAGAAAGUGAAGAGAGACCGUGAGAAGGCACAAGCAGCCUUAAAAAGAGAGGAGGCCUUGAGGAGGAAGCAUCAAUCUAAGAAGAUGGGCAGUGCUUCGUCUAGUGGCCACUCUAGUGCUUCAAAGAGAAGAAAAGGCCUAGAUGAUCUUGGUAGUGGCUAUGUAAGGGAUGCCACAAAUCAAAUGGGUCUAGAAACUGGAGGAUCUGGAGCAACUAAAUCUGGAUCUGAACUGGCUAAUUCUAAAACAGUAGGGCUUGCUGGAAUCAAUAAGCCCAGCAGCAUGAGGGAUGUUUCUCAUCAUGAAACCCAGAAUCGACUGAUGCAGAAGGCUAGGAUGGAAAUUCAUAAGAAACUAAAUGAGUGGAAGGAAGUUAGUGUUGAUAAAAAUGCUGUUAAAGAAGAGGGGGUUGGGAAGGAGAAAUCAAAUGAGAAAGGUGAAAAAUCUUUGGGAAACAGCGACUUGCCUGGUCAGAACAAGUCUGGCACAUCUGUGGAUAAGAAGAUUGGAGCCUGUGCCACGGAGUCCUUUCCUGGCACUUAUGGUGCCAAUGUAGAUGCAGCAACCUUGGAAACAAUGUCGAUAAAUGUCCCAGAUCCCGAUUUUCACGACUUUGACAAGGAUCGAACUGAAAGGUCUUUUGGAGAAAAUCAGGUAUGGGCUGCAUAUGACGAUGAUGAUGGGAUGCCUCGAUAUUACGCCAUGAUUCAUAAUAUAAUAUCGUUGAACCCAUUCAAGAUGCAGAUCAGUUGGCUUAACUCAAAAACUAACAGUGAAUUGGGACCCCUAAACUGGGUUGGUUCUGGUUUCUCUAAAACUUGUGGGGAUUUUAGAAUAGGCAGAUAUGAAAUCAAUGACUCCCUGAAUUCUUUCUCGCACAAGGUUAGGUGGACGAAAGGCAUACGUGGGGCCAUUUGUAUAUAUCCCAGAAAGGGGGAUGUUUGGGCUCUCUAUAGACUCUGGUCCCCUGACUGGAAUGAGUUGACGGCAAAUGAUGUAAUUCACAAGUAUGACAUGGUGGAAGUACUUGAAGACUAUACUGAAGAACUGGGUGUAACUGUUACUCCCUUGGUCAAAGUGGCUGGUUUCAAGACUGUUUUUCAUCAGCAUUUAGACCCCAGAGAAAUUAGGAGAAUUCCAAGAGAAGAGAUGUUUCGGUUCUCCCAUCAUGUCCCUUCACACUUGCUUUCUGGUCAAGAAGGUGAGAAUGCUCCAAAGGGUUGUCGGGAGCUGGACCCAGCAGCUACUCCAAUAGAUCUUCUUCAGGUAAUAACUGAUGUUAAGGAUGAAGAGAUUACGGAGAAUGAGGUUAUAUUUAAGAAGGAUAAUGUAGUGGCUGAUGAAGAGAUUGGGCGUUAAAAGUGGAGAAGAUAUUUUAUUACAUUUGUAUAUUGGUGAGCAGAAAGUGAGAUUCGCCACAUUUAUGAUUGAGGGUCAGGUAGAGCUUACGGGAAUGUGCAACUUGAAUUUAUGUGUGCAAGACCUCAUAUAAUUUGUGACCUCGCCCCUCAUUCAAUUACAGCUUAGAAAGGGAACUUACACUCUACUUAAAGAGUUCAAGCAGCUCGAAGUUGGAAGCUCCCUGUAGCGUUCAUGGAAAAUGGAGAUUCUUUCAAUGAUUUAAAAGCUGAAUAGAGCUUCUCCGGGAGCCAAUUCAUUCCUUGAAAAACAUCUCUGUAUCAUCGGAAGGUCAUCAAUGGGGCCUGCUUGGAGCUGCCGGUUCUUUCUCUUGUAUUCCAUACCCCUCCAGUUGCUCGAGUUUCACGUUUUCAUUUAUCUGACUGAAAUUGCAUGUUCUUUCAUAUUUCUCUGUAGAGCUGUCCUGUUAGUUCUGUUCAGAAAUCAAAUGAUAGCAUAGUUUUGGAGUUGAAUUUUCUUUGACGCUUCAAUAUUGCCAAUCACUGCAAGAGAUUUUAGAUUCUUAAUUAUAUGGUUCUGGUUUUCAUACAUUCUGAUUCUGUGACACUACCAUCUUGAAAAUAAGUAAAUUUUACAUCA